UGGCUUGGCCACUGCCUUGCCAGGCAAGAAAUAUUAGUGACGUUUAGAGGCAAGAGGGAGGGAAGAAGGCACAGCAGGAGAAUGAGGAGCCCGAGCAGCAGUUUUCCAUUGACACCUGGUCAGGAGACUAAUCUGUGGCAAUGGACCUGGCUGCUACUCAGCAUUGCUCCCCAUGCUGUGCCUAAGGUGAAGCAGGAGGAUUCUGGCUGCUCCUGCACAGCUGGCCAGAUGCAGGGACGCAUCCUCUCUUGGUGGCCACAAAUACCUGGUGCUGGGUGCAAGUUACUUAGUAGCAUAAUUACUAUACUUUACCUUUUUUAUUGCUCCCCCACCUUUGUUGGUGUUUUUAGGUCUGGGCCGGGACCUGACAGGCUGGCCACGAUGUCUCUUCACAGCGCAAGAGUUGCUGCUCUCCUUGCUUGGGUGAACAGCACAAAGGUUAGUCCUGAUCCCCUCAAUGAUCUGUCCCAGCUCCAGGACUGUAGUGUCUUCAUCAGAAUUAUCCACAAAAUCCACGGGAGCAAGGAGGGGGAGUCUGUGCUGGAGCAGCCGCUGCAAGAGAGGAUCUCCUUCAUCCAUGGUUUCCUGCAGAAGCACCGCAGGCACAAAUUGGCUGCAGAGAACCUGGUCUCUGCACAGAAACUGCUGGAUGGAGAGGAGCUGGCACUGGCCAAGGUGGCCGUGCUUCUCCUGUAUCACACCUCCAUGAGUUCUAAGCACCCUGAAGACUGGUGUGAAUUUGACUACAAGACCCAGGUUGAACUUGCAUCAAUCCUCAAAUUUGUGCUGGAUAAUGAGGAGUGCCUGAAUGAGAAUCUGGAGUCAUUUCUGCAGAGGAAAGCAGAGCCAUCCUCAUCCAGUAUGUUCAGCAGCAGCUAUGAGGAGCAUUCCCCACUGUUCUCUCUCCCGCACAAACGAGAGGUGCGUUUCCUGGAGCUGCAGAGGAUCGCUGCCUUCCCCAGCACCAACCUGCCCAGCACUCCGUCUUCACCCAUGGGGGACAUCAUGCAGACGCCCCAGUUUCAGCUGCGGCGGCUGAAGGAGCAGCUGGCUUUUGAGAGAGAGAACCGGGAAGAGCUGGAGGAGGAGGUGGCAGAGAAUAUCAAGCUCAUCAUGGAGAAGGAUGCUCAGAUUACCACGAUGCAGCAGCGGAUUGAUCACUUGGUAAAGGUCAAUGAAAAACAAGCUGAAGACUGUCUGGAGCCCAAAGAAAUUGAGGAGCUGAGGGAGAAGAAUGAGAGCCUGGUGGGGCGCCUGCAUGAGGCCUUCAGGCAGUGCCAGGACCUGAAGACUGAAAAAGCCCAGAUGGACCGAAAAAUCAGCCAGCUCUCUGAGGAGAAUGGGGAUCUUUCCUUCAAGCUGCGGGAGAUCGCCAGCAAUAUGGUCCAGCUGCAGCGAGCCCUGAACGAGCUCUCGGAGGAGCACAACAGUGCCAUGGCGCAGUCGCAGGAAAAGCAGCGACAGCUGGAGAAGGAGCUGCAUGCUGCCCUGCAGGAUAAGAAAUGCUCAGAAGAGAAAAUGGAGAUUCUACAGGGAAAGAUUUCUAUGCUGGAGGACCAGCUGGCCAAGCUGGAGGAGUGCAGCACCCAGGAGAAGGGAGAAGUCAUGGGUGACAUUUUGAAGCUGGAGGAGCUGAAGCAGGAGGUAUCCAGCCUCACAGCCAAAGGAGUGCGGCUGGAAGAGGAGAAGCAGCAGCUGGACAGCCUUGUCACUAGCCUCCAGAACUCCCUCUCUGAGAGCCACCAGGCCCGAGAGAGGCUGAAGCGAGACCUGCAGGCACAAGCUGCUGAGGACCAGGCUGAGCAGCUGGCUGCCCUCAAUGCCCAGCAUGAGCAGACCCUGCGGGAAAGGGACUCUGCCCUCCAGCAGCUCCAGCAGGCCAAUGCAUCCCUGAGCACCCAGCUUCAGGCCGUGGAUGAGGAGAAGGCUGCACUGAGCUGCAAGGUCGGCGAACUGGAAGCCCAGAUCCUGGAACUAGGUGCCCAACGGCAGCAGGGAGUGGCAGCAGAGGCACUGAAAGCCCAGCUGCAGGAGCUGGAGGGCAGGCUAAAGGAGAGCCAGCAGAGGCUGGCUGAGAGGGAGAAGCUGGCCCGGGAAAACAGCCGCCUUCAGGAGCAGCUACUCUUCCUGGAGGAAUCCCUUCGGAACACUGAGGGUAUAUUGGAGGAUGAGAAGAGGCGGGCAGCUGAGUGCCUGGAGGGCAACCUGGCCAGGAUCGCUGAGCUGGAGGCAGAGAGACAGCAGCUGGUUCAGGACCGGGAGGCAGCUCUGCUGGAGCGGGAUGAGGAACUGGCCACACGCCAGGUUCUGGAGGAGAGCCGGGAGCAGCCCACGGGUGCCUCUCCUGCUGCCCAAGGGGAGAACGAAGAGUGCAGGCGGCUGAAGGAGGAAAUGCAGGCGCUGAGCCGGGAGCACACCCGGGCCUGCCAGCAGCUGCAGGCUGAGCAGGAGAAGGUGGCUGUGCUGGAGGCCCAGGCAGAGCGGCUGGCUGGCCUCCAGGCUGACCUGUCCAGCGCUCAGUCAUGGGCAAAGGAGAAGGAGAGUGAGGAGCAGAAGCUGAGGGCUGAGAUUUCCUCCCUGCAGGAAAAGAUGGCUGUGGCAGAGCAAACAGCAGCCCAGCGCGUGGCCAUACUGGAGGCAGAUGCCCAGAGAGCUGCUGAGGCACUGGAGGGAGUCUCCCAGCAGCUCUCCCAGGAGAAACUCAAAUCCAAGGAGCUAGAAGGCAUCAUGGAUCAGCUGCGGAUUGCAGAGAAGGAGCUGGUGUCCCUCCGCUCUGCUGUGCAGGAGAAGGAGAGCUGGAAGGAGCAAGUGUCCCAGUGUCUGCAGGAGAUGGAGAGGAAGAACACCCUGAUCAGCAGCCUGGAGCACAAGGUGACAGAGAAGGAAGGGGAGAGCAAGGAGCUGAAACGCCUGAUCCUGGCUGAGUCAGAGAAGAGCAAGAAGCUGGAGGAGAGACUGCGGGUGCUGCAGACAGAGAUGGCCACCGCAGCCUCCCGUGCAGCUGAGAGGUGCUCACUGAUGAAGGUGGAGGUGCAGCGGUGCCAGGAAGAGAUGGAGAAGCAGCGGAUGACCAUCGAGGCCCUGAAGAGGGACCGCCAUUGCCAGAGCGAGCGGGAGGAUGAGCUGCGGCAGGAGGCAAAGGUCUGCCAGGACAAGUGCCUCCAGAAGGAGCAGCUCCUGGCUGCCCUGCAGCAGAAGCUCGACAGCGCUCAGGCUGAGCGUGCCUCCCUGGAAAGCCAGCACCGCCGGGACCUGGAGCAGAGAGCAAAAGCCACGUCCACGCUGCAAGCCGAGCUGGCUCAGGCCAAGUUGCAGGUGGCUGAGGUGCCAUCGCUGCGGGAGCAGCUGGCAGAACGGGACCGGGCCAUUCAGCGGCUGCAGACUAAAGCAGCAGAGGUGGGGGCACAGCUGGCAGGGCUGCAACAGGCCAACGCUCGGCUGGCCGAGGAGAACCAGGGGCUCAGCAAGAGCCGCAGCCAAGGGCAGCAGCAGCUUGAGGCGGAACUGAGCCAGGCCAGGGAGCGGCACAUGCAGGAGCUGGAGCAGCUGCGGGCAGCGUCUGAGAAGCUGGUGACCAGCAGCAGGCAGGAGGCUAAGGAGGCAGUACAGAAGCUGGAGGACAUGAGUAAGGAGUAUGAGAGCAGCAAAGCGGCAUCCCUGGAAGAGAGGAAGAAACUCCUGGAAGAGAAGCAAAGACUGACAACUCAGGUGGAGGAGCUGAAUAAAAAGCUGACUCAGCAUGAGAAGGCCGCCUGCACCCAGCAGCAGAGAAUUAAGGCACUGGAAGGGGAGCUGCAGGCAGCGGUCACCAGCCAUCAGGAGAAGGUGGCAGAGCUGCAGGUGGCAUCAGGCAGUGAAGAGUCACUGCUGUCUCAGCAGCUGCCCAAGAUAAAGUCAUCCAUGGAGAGUCUCUACCUUACCCCACCCCUCUAUGAGACGCCAUCGCAGCUGAAGAGCAGUGCCAACUUCUUCCCGAGUGACUUCUCGCUCGACUCCGGGUGCAAGACCCGCUCAGCCCGGCGCCGCACUACCAUCAACAUCACCAUGACAGAUAAACAGUCAGAGUCUGAGGAACUGGUCUGCGUCAAGAACAUCCCAUUGGCUCAGUCCACAAAAACUUCUUCCCCUGUCAAGGGCCGUCUGCGCUCAGGUGUCUCCACCCGUUCCCUCACCAGCUUCCCUUCCCAGGAAACUCUUGCGGAGCUGGAAACUUCCCCAGAGAAGAGCCCUGGCAAUUCAGGACUGUUGGGCCUCCCUGGGUACCGGCCGGUCACCCGUAGCUCCCUGCGCUCACGGCAGACCAGCAGCUCCAGCCUCGGUGUGUGUGGGCAGGGCCGAAACACCCUGAACCUGGGCAUGUGCCAGGAUGAGCCAGAGCAGCUGGAUGACUGGAACCGCAUUGCAGAGCUGCAGCGGCGGAACCAGGCCCGCCCUCCCCACCUGAAAACCAGCUAUGCCCUAGAGAAGCCCUCCACCUCCUUGGGAACCAUUACGGAUGAGGACGUGAAAAUGGGGGACCCAGAAGAGACGCUGCGACGUGCCAGCAUGCUGCCCUCCCAGAUCAUCACCACCAGCAGCCAGUGCAGCACCCAGGCCAGCAGCAUCACUACCCGGCAGCAGAGGAAGCGCCUCUCAGAGGAGACCCACCAGGGCCUGGACACCCCCCCGUCCAAGAAGCCAACCAGCUGCUUCCCACGGCCCCAGACCACUCAGGACUCUAGAGAGCAGAGUGGCUCCCAGGUCAGUCAAGAGAGUGAGCAGCCAGCCCCAGCCAUGCAGUCUCAGAGGCGCCAGUCGAUGGCGUUCAGCAUCCUCAACACCCCCAAGGAGCUGGGGAGGCGCCUGCUGCGCCGGGCAGGCACCCAGAGGAACACUGCCACGCCCUCCACCAGCAGCAGCACCCGCCGCUCACCCCGCAUCGCCACUGCCAAGUCCCCCAAGGGCAAGGCCGGUCGCCAGUCACGCAAGGACAAGCCAUCCUGAGGUUUCCCCAGUCCCCACAUGUUGCUGGCUCUGCCCUGGCCCCCACCUGCACCCCCUCACCUCUCCACCUCACCCAGGAGCACUGAGGAGGAACAGGUGGAGCCACCCACAUGACUGCCUUGCAGAUCCCACUGACAACUGUGGGGGUGCCCUGGGCAUGGCAAGGCCCCCUUGCCCUUCCUGCACCCAUUGUCAGCCUAAACCCUUCUGGGACCCAAGGUAAGGGGAUGUGCAGGGUUUGAGGGCCAGAAAGGGGUGCAGUGGCUGGUCCCAGGCUGCAGCUGGAGGGGCUGAGCUCUCCCCAGGGCUAUCCUGCAGCCCCAGUAACAGGGAUAGAGGUCAAACUUAGCACCCCGAAGGCCACCACCCCUGUUCCCUGUGUGUGGGACUCCCCCACCUGCCCUGUGCUCCUGCUCCUCCCAGAGAAGCUGAGGCAGCAUUUUUAAAUGUUUCUACUUGUAAAUAAAGUGUAUUUUUCACUUGC